AUGAAAAGACCAGCUGCUGGUGCAAGUCCUCCGGAGUCUUCAGCUGUUCGGGAUGAUGAGGAGAGAGUUGAUUAUGACGACCCCCUAAUUGGUGAUGCAGCUGACGGAAAUAGAGGCGAUGAGGAUGCUGACGUUGGCAACAUGUCAGGUUCACCUUCUCCAGGGACCACUGCUGCUACUACUUCAGAGCAGUCGGCUCCUUUAGAAGAGCAACAUUUACGUGGCUCUCCUACGGCAACUGUUCCACCUGUAGCGUUGCCUGAAACUACUGUCGCAACUCCUCCUCCGGAGCAGCAGCUCGUGCCGGUGUUGGCUCCUGUGCAAGAGCAGCCUACACCUGUAGUGUUGCCUGAGACUACUGUAGCUGCUUCGCCUACUGCAUUGCUGAAGAUCUCGCUUACUCCAACAGAGGCACAGCCAAGCACAUCUCAAGCAAGGGCGAUGAUGGCUUUAACCUCAAGCCCUUCACAAUUGAAUAUUUCUACCGCUUCCGCAGCUUCGGCGCCAGGAUCCCCUGCACUAACUUCGAUGGCUAGAGGGGUGUCAUCGGCUAUGGUUUCUAGUCUCGCUGAUGCACCUGAAUUUCUCCAGAUCUCCCUGGUGAUGAUAUGGCAGGUAUACAAUAUGCAAAAUCUCAGUUACAACAACAGUUCCACAUGA